GAAACAAAUCAUACUUGGGGCUCAGCAGAAAAUGGCUUCUCUGGCUCUGCUGUCCAUAGAAGAGACAGGAGUUACUCGGCCUCUCCUUCGCAGAGGGGGAGCAGCUCCUUUGCUUAGUUUGAAGCAGAAUAUAAGACCUAUAAAUGGGGAGAAUCCUGAAGAUGUCCUGGGAGAGGGGAAUUUGGUGCCUUAAGAUAGUUGAAUGGACAACAGAGAAUGAAAAAGCCUGAAAACAGAUGUCCUGAAAUGUGUUUAUUACCAUGCAUUAAAGCAGGAUAUGGUCACUGGCUUAAAGAGACCUUGAAACAUUAAGGCCAGAACUGAAUUACGGAUGUGAUGAAUUAAGAGAGCUACUUGAGUGGGUCGCGCUGGAGCAGCCUUCCUGGAUGAACAGUGGCUGUGCAGCUCUUCUGCGGUAGAUGCAGCACGAUUGAAAAAGGACGAACGGGGAAGAACUGAGGGGCUGAUGGAGGGCUUUUCUAUUAUAAGGGGCUGAACUGCUUUAGGAUGUUCUUGCUGCUCACCAGAGGUCUCUGCUGGAUUGAUAGAUUGUGUGGCUAUGUCCCAUCCAGAGGACGGAAACUGCCAGACACUGAAGCAAGGCAUUCAGCUGGCAGAUCCAUCGAUCCUUGGCAGGCGAGAAAAGAGCAGCUGGGAGAGACAACCUCUGCUGGUGGCAGUCAGAAGAGGAUGUUUGGCCACAGCCUAAUUCUGCCAAAGAAAGUGAAAGAUGAAGCCUCUUGUUCUCUUGGUUCUUGUGAUCUGUACUGUAGUCAGCAUGAAUUUGAAGCUUGUGUCAAAGAGAAAUUCUGGUCCACGAGACUACACUGAGACACUUUUCCCUGCUAGAGACAACUGGAGACUUUCCUGGGAUGCUGGAGAGCAGCUGGGCGGUGUUGAUGGUUGCAUUGACUGGUCAGUGGAUCUCAAGACAUACAUGGCUUUGGCAGGUGAACCAGUCCGAGUGAAAUGUGCCCUUUUCUACAGCUAUAUCAGAACUAAUUAUAGCAUGGCCCAAAGCACAGGUCUUAGGCUUAUGUGGUACAAAAACAAAGGAGACUUAGAAGAACCCAUUAUAUUUUCUGAAGUUAGGAUGAGCAAGGAUGAAGAUUCAAUAUGGUUUCACUCGGUUGAGUUGCGAGACAGUGGUUUCUACACGUGUGUUCUAAGAAACUCAACGUAUUGCAUGAAGGUGUCCAUGUCCUUGACAGUAGCUGAGAAUGAAUCUGGGCUUUGCUACAACAGCAAGAUCAGAUAUCUGGAAAAAUCAGAAGUCACUAAGAGAAAGACAAUUUCCUGUCCUGAUAUUGAGGAUUACAAAAUAGCCAGUCAAGAGCCAGAUGUUGUAUGGUACAAGGAAUGUAAGCCAAAAAUGUGGAGAAGUAUUGUAAUUCAAAAGGGAAAUACUCUUUUAAUACAAGAAGUCCAGGAAGAAGAUGGAGGAAAUUAUACCUGUGAACUGAAGUUUGAAGGCAAGCUUAUACGAAGAACAGUUGAACUGAAGGUUACUGCUUUGCUCACAGACAAGCCUCCAAAGCCAUUGUUCCCCAUGGAGAACCAGCCAACUGUUAUAGAUGUCCAGCUGGGCAACCCGCUGACCGUGGCCUGCAAAGCUUUCUUUGGAUUCAGCGGAGAGUCAGGCCCCAUGAUCUACUGGAUGAAAGGGGAAAAAUUCAUAGAAGAAUUAGAAGGUCACAUUAGAGAAGGCGAAAUCAGACUCCUCAGAGAACAUCUUGGCGAAAAAGAAGUUGAAUUGACAUUGAUCUUUGACGCCGUAGAGGAAGCAGAUCUGGCUAACUAUACAUGUCAUGUGGAAAAUAGGAAUGGACGGAAACAUGCCAGUGUUCUUCUGCGCAAGAAAGAUUUGAUCUACAAAAUAGAGCUUGCUGGAGGUUUGGGAGCCAUCCUUCUGCUGCUUAUUUUGCUGGUGACCAUCUAUAAGUGCUACAACAUAGAGUUAAUGCUCUUCUACAGACAGAACUUUGGAGGAGAUGAAGCAGCAGAUGACAACAAGGAAUAUGACGCAUAUCUUUCAUACACCAAAGUGGAUCCUGAUGCAUUAGAUUGUGAUAAUAACGAAGAGGAGCACUUUGCACUGGAAAUCCUGCCAGACGUUCUUGAAAAGCACUAUGGAUAUAAGCUCUUCAUUCCAGAUAGGGACCUGAUUCCUAGUGGAACCUACAUUGAAGAUCUCACAAGAUGUGUUGAGCAAAGCAGAAGACUCAUUAUCGUGUUAACUCCAGACUAUGUUCUCAGGAGAGGAUGGAGUAUUUUUGAGAUGGAAAACAGACUCCAUAACAUGCUAGUCAGUGGAGAAAUCAAAGUUAUUUUGAUUGAGUGUACUGAAUUAAAAGGGAAAGUGAAUUAUCACGAAGUGGAAUCUUUAAAGCACACCAUCAAACUUCUCUCAGUGGUGAAAUGGAAAGGACCAAGAAGCAGCAAACUGAAUUCUAAGUUUUGGAAGCGCCUAGUCUUCGAAAUGCCAGGGAAGAAAAAGGAGGUGGUGUCUCGGCGUCAGGUCCUGGAUUCUGCGGAGCAGGGCCUUUUUGGAGACCUGCAGACUGUGCCCUCCCUUGCCGUCACAGGCACUUCUGCCACGUUGGUAGAAUCGCGGGCUGAUUUAACUGACUACCAUCAAGCAGAUUCUGUGCAAAUGAGACAUUAUUGCAGAGGAUACGAAUAUGACGUGGCGGCAGCAACGUUGCCAAUAGCUUCCAUAAGCAACCACCACACAUACUGUAACAUACCUUUAACGCUACUAAACGGACAGCUACCUCUUAACAAUACCAUGAAGGAUCCCCAGGAGUUUCACAGGAACAACCCCUUGCUACCUUUAUCAGCAAGGGAGCUUAGCUUCACCAGUGAUAUCUGGUAGCGAAGAUCAGGACACUUCGGAGAUGCUUCAUGACUGCCAUGAAGACGUGUUUUUAAAGAACUUUGCCCAAACCCCAUGGGACAACAAAUCAUAUUUGAAGCAGCGGCACACUUACUUGCUUUUCUACUUGAACUUUUUUGUUUACAUUUACAAAUUAUUGACCAAGGGGGCAUUCUUUUGUAAGUCAGUAAUGUCCUUCCUGUCUUUUAAUGUACAGCUUGAUUACUUCUUUAAAAAAAAGGGGGGGAGGGGGGGAAGAAAAAAACACAUCCCAUCAUUCUACAGUAGAUUUCCAAUCUGGGAUGGAUACAAGUUCACUGUAUAUGAUCUCCAGCAUCCAUACUUAUGUAAUAGUAUUUGAAAUACACAGAAGUUGUUGGUUUUUUCAUAUAACCUUCAGUACGGUUUGAAAUUCUAAUAUCAUAUCAUGCUACAAAAAUUAUUAUCUCCUGCACAGACCACAAGGGGUGAAUCAUUCUCAAAAGGAAGGAGGAGGAAAUCUUCCCAGUAACAUUCUCUUUUAAAUGCAUUUUAGAAGAUGACCAGCUGAAACAAUGCAGAUGAAGCUUUAUCGAUAAAGUGCAUAGUAACAGUUACUGCAGAAUAAAUCACCUGCGUGCAUCAGCAUCCCUUCAUUUUGUUAUUGAGGCAUGUUGUAUUCCUAGUGAAUGAUUAGCAAUGUGUUUUUAUUAAACAACUUACUAGAAUAUUGGAAGAUGUUUAAGAGGAUUUAAAACAAUUUUUCUGUGGAUUAUAGAUUUUUAUCAUAAUUUUUCAAAGUUUUUAAUGGCUUUUUUUUUAAAUUAGGUAUACAUUUGGUGGAGAAUUCAUUGAUUUGAAAUUUCUUAAGAUCUCUUGAGCUGUUUUAAGAUUUGUAGUAAAGGCAAUGUAAUUUUAUGUAGCUUUUCCCCCAAAAUCAAUAGCUACAAUUUCAAAUUAACCUUUUUCUGAGAACAUCAGCAAUAGAAAAUAAUGACUACAGCAAUAUUCAGAGAUGAAGUGCUAAAUUAUUCACGUUUACUAGUAGUCUGACUUCAAUUGCAGUGAUAAUCACCUGAGACAAGUUCUUUCCCAAUCUACCUGUCAGUUAUACCUUUAAAAUAUAGCUGAAGCAGGAAUAUUUCCGCGCUCUGUGCAACUAGUGAUGUUUUUAAAAAGCUGGCCAGGUCUUGCAUUUCUCACUUCUGUGCAUGGUUCCAUCAGUCACAUGAGGAUACUGUCAUUUACCUUCCAUGGAAAGCAUUCUUGCUGCUUGUGGAUGAGAGCUGCUGCCCAGACACUCGGCGUCACGCAUUGCUACGCAGUGAGUUGAGUUUUCUUCAGAGCAGUGUGUUUCAUGAAGAUUCCCAGCCUCAGUUGAUUACGAGCUCAGUAUACAACAGUAUUCAAGGAAAAAGCUCUAAGUAAUGAAGGCAGAAGCCAGUUUUGCAUUUUUUGGCACGGUGUUAAUGAAAACACAGUAGACACAAGAGUUUUGUCUCAGUUAGAUCUGCUGAAGCAAGUCCCCAGAAAUAUUUAAUGGCAGGCGAUCUUGCCUGUAUUCCAGUAUGCUUUCCACAUUGUUCUCUCUGAUUGCAUGGAUAAAAGUUAGCACUCUGCACUCAGCUGCCUGUGGUUUCAUCAGCAAACAAGCUCAGUAAAUCCUUAACAUUUUGCAGUGGUUCCUAAAUUGUACCCUACAGUCAAAGUGGAAACAAACGCUGACCUAAGACUUAGAAGUAUCCAGAAUUGGCCCAAAGGCCAUGAGAAUGAUCUCAAACGUGCAAUAAUUCAGAGAGGUCAGUAUUUUUCCAUUGCUUCUUUCCCCAGUUCUUUAUUCUUUGCCCUCUAACAUCAGUUAUUAUCUAUAACUUUUUUCUUAGGUUCUAAAUAAUACAUUUUUCUUGUUGCUUUUUCUAGUAUUAUUAUGCAUUUGACACUAACACCAAAAUAGAAAUCUAGAAGAGUUGCUAAUUUAUUACACAGCAUAGAACUGUAACUUGCUCUUUUGUGAAGUUAAGUUCAGAACAUAGAGAUAGGUGUUUAAUAUGCGUAUUUUUCUACUGAGAAAGUGAUUUUACCUCCAUUAUAAAUACCUGUAUUUCAGCCUCCUCCCAGAAAUCUACAAAAUUUGCACUGUUUUAUAAGUGUUACGGACUGUGUUUACACUGGCUAUGUUCUUUAAUGCAAAGUGUAAUUUUCAAAAAGAAAAACUAAAGAAAUCCCUGCAUGAACCGAGCUGCCUAUGUUUAAAUGAGAAGCUGUACUUUUCAUUAUCUUCCUUUUCACGUUACUUUAGAAUCCGGUUAAUUCACAUAGAAUGCUCAGUGAAAUUUUAAACCUACUAGUUCUGUAUUAAGCAUGCAAAUUCAAAAAAAAAGAAAAGAAAAAAGAAAAAAUCCAUACGCAGAUUGGUCUGCUUCUUUUAUUUACAAUGAUUAAAAAUUGGUAGGAAAUUCAUUUACCGGAUGCCAAUAUCUCUGUUAGAGCAGUAGUGUUCAAAAAGCAAAAUGCAGCCAUGUUUGUAUUGAGGUACCAUGAAAAGAACAGUUUUUCUGUCAUUUUGCAAAAGCACAUCGUGUGUCUGUGUAUCGAUAUAUUUUAGUUAUAGACGACACGUCACGACCUGCUUUAAGAUUUCAAAGUGUGUAUUGAGUGCUCUGACAAUAUAUACGUGAAUCAGAA